CGACGUCCUCCUGGUCCUUGUUAUCGCCGUCGUCAUUAUCAUCAUUGUUGCUGUUAUUCUCCUUGUUGUUAGUAUCGAUACCAGUUUCACCCUCGUUAUCACCGUUCCCAUUAUUCUCGUCACAGCGGAGGGCCCGCGUGGCCUGCUAAGAUGACCGCUCGUCUUCAUUCGUUGAGACAUCAAGAAAAGAAAUCGGCUGGCAACACUCAUAGACAUUACCAUCAUCAUCAAUCGCAACAUCAACAGAGCGUGCAUCAAGGACCGAGUCCGGCGGCCAGCCCUAGUCCUAGUCUCAGCCCAAGUCCUAAACUUUCGGAUGGUCGUCGAGCUAACAAACCACUAAUGGAAAAACGACGGCGAGCCAGAAUCAACCAGUCGUUGGCGGCGCUAAAAGCGCUCAUCCUUGACAGCGCCCGGUUGGAGAACACGAAGCACAGCAAACUCGAGAAAGCUGACAUUUUAGAGUUAACGGUUCGACAUUUACAAAGGCAAAGAUCCCUUGCUCAGCCUGGUUUGUCAAGAUACAAGGCUGGCUAUCAAGAUUGUUCCAGAGAGGUAAGUCGGUAUCUCGAUGCUCCGGACAUAAUCACGGGGAAUACGACACCGAUAGACCCUGCGAUGAAACAAAGGCUACUGCGGCAUUUGGAUAGUUGCGUGUCGGAAUUGGACUUGGAUCUGGGUUCGAGGCCGGAUAGCGGAUUAGGCAGCAGUCCCGGAAGCGUGACGGAUCGAGUGACAGGUUCGGCAAGUCCCGGUCCGUUGGAGCAUCAUGUGCCAUCGAGCGCGCACUGUAGUACAACUUUGAAUCCGGUCGGCUUGAUAAAAGCCGAAAUCCCGGAUAUCGAGCCGGCCCGGCCGGACAGUAGUACUACUGCCGGCGAUGAAAACAACAAUAAUAGCAACAGCAGUAGCAACGGCAACAGCCGGCCAACUUCUGCUUUCGGUCAAGUCAAUACGACCAACCUUGAUUCUCAUCAUCAUCCACCUCCGCCUCCUCCGCCUGGUAUAUCGGUUAUCGAUCAGGCGUCAACCAGUUCGCAACAAAACCCAAACAUGCUGUCGGUCGUGCAAGUGAUACCAUCCAGAUUGCCGGACGGUCAAGUAGUUUUUCUUCUUCCCAGUCAUUACGUUCAGCUCGCAGCUGCGGCUGCGGCGAACGGUAUCAGUAUCGGGCCGAAUCCACCGACGGCCAUAUGGGCCGCAACCAAUAUGUCUUUUCUCAAGGCGACGGAUAAAUUGGCCGCGAAACGACCGCACGAGGAUAUACAGGAGUGGCAGGACGCGGCGACCGUUGCUGUCAAUGCUGCUGCUGCUGCUGCUGCUGUUGCCGCUACUGUUGCCGCUGCCGCUACGUCCGGCAACGCUUCUGUUUCCGCUUCCAUUUCCGCUUCCGCCCCCGUUUCUACCUUUGCUACCAAUGCGAUCUCAGCCAUUGGUUCCAAGCCAAGUAAGAGUCUGCGACUCGAGCAGCCGGAACAACCGCUUGACUUUACAACUACCUCGAAGAAACCAAAAUCUAGCUCCAGAACCUCGACACCAGCCGUCGGUAACGUCGAUCAUCAUCUCCAGCAGCAGCAGCAACAACAACAACAACAACAACAACAACAACAUCACCAACCACACCAACAACAACAACAACAACAACAACAAUUUGUAGGUCGUUCGGCUACGGAACCAGCGAUUCCACCGCACACGGAUGAUAGACCGUCCAGUCGCACGAGUAGCGAGCUCGUCACCGGCAUUCGUUCGCCUUCGCCUCUUCCUCAGCAAUCUGCGAAAGACGAAGAAGGAAUGUGGAGGCCUUGGUAGACAGAAGAUUAUCACGCUCGUCACUCAACCCGUUCCGUUGCCAGAAAAUCCAGAAAAUCUACCCAAUCUAUUGUCUACGAAAAUACCACGCGAAUAAAAAUAUGUACAUGCUAUUCUAUCGAAACUGUAUAGUUGUUGGACAAUGGAACACGAGUUCCAGAAUAUUUUCUACAUCUAAAAUAAGGCACGAUAUAUAUAAGACGCGCUGUAUAUUGUAUUUUCUGAAUGGUGUAAGAGUGGAAAUGAGUCUCUUUGAGUCGACACGUACUCCCUCACGUAGUCCUCACGUAGUCCUCGCGUCGUCGAAUCGAACAUCGAACAGAGUUCGUUGACAAGGACGACGAAGGCUGGCACGAUUCUUACGAUUGACAUUGUGCGUCAUACAAUCGUAAUGUAAUCGAUAAAGAAACAAUUGGCAUGUUGAUCCGUGAAAAGUAAUUAUUUACUUUAGCAUCAGUGUCCUAAUAAAAAAGAAUGCACUUGCUACUUGGAUGUACGAAUUAUUAUAGUAGAGGUUUAUUUCAACACUGUCGUUAUUCGUCCGUUUGGUGCAAGGAGUGCCUAAUUGAGGAGAAGCGUAAAAAAGAAAAAAAAAAAAAAAAAAAAAAAAAAAAGAGAGAAAAGGACAUGGCGUUAAAUCGCCGGCGUAUUACGGGGAUUUGAAAAACGUUACCUGUACGAAACGUUCAAAUGUAACAGCACAUGUGUGUAUAGUACGGUAGUAUGUAUAUGAAAAAGAUCUAACACGUUGCAAGAUCGGAGUAACGAAAAUGGUUUCGCGCUAUAGUACUUUUAUUCCGCCGUCGUGUACAUAACCCCGAUUGGAAUUACAAUGAAUGCCAGAUAUAGAUUUAUUUUGAUGUUAACUAGGUGUAUAUGCGUACGAGACACGUAGAGAGAAUGAAGCGAGUGAAAAUGAAUGCGCGCUAAUGAGAAGACGUCAGUUCACGUUCUAGAUGAAUCACAGUUUUCAUCUGAUCUACUUCUGUAAUUGCUACGUUGAGAUUCAAGAAUCCUUAAUCAAUGUACUUAGACAUCGGUCAAUAUAAAUAUCCAUACUGACGAGU